CUCCAACCUCAGAACAGAGCUUUUUGCUUUUUGGACACGUCCAAAGUCCAUGAAAUAGAUCCGUGUAACCUACCCCACAUUUCGGACAGUUUGUUAUACAGUCGGCUCUUUGUGGGUGAGGAGUUCAUCCAAAACCAUGGAUAUGUCAGUAGCUACUCCCCUUCUGCAGCCAGGAUACCCCAUGAACCCAGCAAUGGCGCCAGGGCUCCCAUACCCGCCUGCUAUGAACGCCGCUGUGACUCCGGGCUAUUACCCCUCUGUGAACACAAACGCCCUUGCCCCUCAGGUGGCGCCUUAUCCCCAGUUUGCUGGCAUUCCCGGCUAUGAAGGGAUGUCUGGUGAUGGCAACGAUGGUAGAUUUCUACCUCCCCCACCACCUUUUGGACAAGGACCUAGCAAUAUACCCGCUCCUACAAACAACGACUGGUUAAUUCCGUCUAUCAAUCAAGAGACAGCGAAGCAGGCCCUGCUGGACUAUGCCAACGGUCAGUGUUGUUAUGGGGCAUCCCCAGCAGAAGAGAUGGCAAUUAAUCAGCUCAGGCCAUACAACACCUAUCGGUUUCGGCUGGAAACAUUUACAGAGUCGCGGUUAUGUGAAUGGGUCACUAAACCUCUGUCCGUGGGGGCCCUUGACUCUCCUGACAAAGGCAAUGCCCCUCAACCCUGGGAAAUCCAAGUGCCUCCUCCAACUCUCUUCCAUGAUGAAUCAAAAAAAAUGCCCAUUCCUUUUACAACUUCCAAGAAGUCCUGCCAAGAGUGCAACGGAAAAGGAAAGAUCAUCUGCCAGAAAUGUAAUGGGAAUAGCCGGGUGAAAUGUGAUGACUGUAAUGGAUCUGGGAAUCGUGCAGGGGAGGAGUGUCCGGAGUGCAGUGGGACUGGAUCUGUAGGAUGCAAGACCUGCAACCAGACCAAUGUCCAGACCUGUCCAGGCUGCAAUGGAAAGGGCCAAGUGAUGACCUUCAUCGAGCUGACAGUGACCUGGAAGAAUAAUGUAUACGAGUUCAUCCCCGAUCAUCACUCGGAAUUCCCGACCGACCUCUUUAAGAAGGUGACGGGAGAGAAGAUGUAUACAGAUGAGCAGUUCCUGGUACCUCCCAUCAUGAAUUUCCCUGAGCCGUCCAUAAACCAGGCCUCACAAACCGCGGUUCAGCAGCAUUACUCCGAGUACAUGUCCACAGCUCGAAUCCUGAAGCAGAGACAGUCCAUUGAGUGGCUGCCGCUCACGAAGGUUGAGUACAGCUGGAAGGGUAAAAAUUGCAGUUACUUUGUGUACGGACGGGAGAAUAAAGUGCAGACUAAGGACUAUCCUUCCACUUGUUGCUGCGUCAUCCUGUGAUCGGGAACUUUUACUUUUUACUACUUUCAUAUUUUCUCCUAAUGAAGAGGCAGCAUGUAGACUGUAAUCACCUCCUAUGUAUCCAGGCCUCUGUUAGUGGAAGCUGGAGAUGUCGCUGUACGUAGUGUCUUGUGCACAUUGUGGAUUAUACCUUCUGUUUGUUUUUGUUUUUUCCCCGGUUUAUUCUGUUCUCCUUUAAAAAACAA